AUGAAUGAAUUGUUUCUGUCUCAGAUCGCAACGAAAUUUUGUCUCGAAUGGUUCUGUUUGCUGCAGUUAUUUAUCCAAACGAUUAUUGCAUCAGAUAAUGUCUUUCUUGGUGCCAAUAUUAUAUACGCUGUUAAUUGCGGUGAGUUAACAUUUUAUUUUGGUGGAAAAACGCAUACAGAUGUGAACGGUAUUGAGUAUAUCGCCGAUCCAUUAUUGCUUGGUGUAGCAUCUGAUUACGGUAGUCGAUUGAACAUACUUCGAGUAGAUCCUCGUGAUGCAAUCCUCUAUCAGACCGAGAGAUAUGAUACAAACGAUUUUUCGUAUGAGAUUCCAACACCACUGGACGAUGGCGAAUACACAUUGGUGAUGAAAUUUUGUGAGGUUUAUUUUCAAGCUGCCGAGCAAAAAAUUUUCGAUGUCCUGUUGAAUGGAGAAACAAUUAUAUCUGAGUUGGAUAUAUGGAAGGAGGCCGGUGGGAUUGGUGUGGCGCACGACGAACUUUUCACUUUCUAUGUGAAAGGUGGUUCAUUAUUAAUUAAUGGUGAACAAUUCGAUGUAUCUGGUGAAUUACGUUUAACAUUUGCCAAGGGUCCUUAUGAUAAUCCAAAGAUUAAUGCUUUUUAUUUGUAUCGUGGCCCGAAAAGCGAUAUUCCACCUCUGUUGGAUAUGACAAAUGAAGUGGAAGAGGAACAGGAGGAAGUAGAAGAUUCGACCAAGUCAUCAGACAGUCUUCGUUAUGCAGAAGGACCGGCAGUUGAGGAUCCUUACGCCGAACAGGAUAGCAGUCAUAUGUUUAUACCAUUCCUGGUCGCAUUCGCUUGUUUUUUCCCGGUUUUAUUCUGCCUUUGUAAAUUGUGA